UAUCACUGUGAUGAAUCUGUAUAAUGUGGAGGUUUCACUUAUACCUACACAUUAGGUAUAAUAAUGUGUAGUUAUAAGAUAAUGGCGGACUCUUUUAUGGGUUAGGCUACUUUUCUGCAAACCAAUUACAGUAAAUUACAGAGAGAAUAGGUUUAAUUUUUGAUCAAACUUAUUUAGAAUCGGCUGGACAGAAUAUUAAUAAAAUAUUGGCAAUAAAUCCGAUUAAAAUAAUUUUUUAAGUUAAAAUGAAAACUUGAAAUUCUACUUUAAAGGGUUGAACUUGAUAUCUUUAAUAUUUUCAAUAUUACAAACCUACGAAGUCUUCAAGCUGGCGCAUACUGCCACCUAGUGUUGGCGCAGUAUAACAUUCAGAACAUUGGCAAAAAGUAAUUUAAAAAACUUAUGUCUAGCUAAACUGUGCUAACCUGUUCCACUUUUCAAAAUGGUAAACACAAAUGUGUGCCACACUUUUUAGAGGUUUACAACUUAUUAUGCCCUGCUUUGCAUUGCUCUGACAUAAAAUCUCAAACUACACUGUGGUAUGUUGUUUGUAAUGUCACAAAAUAUAUAAUAAGCAUUUACUUAAAUACAAGCGUCAAGCAGAUAGUAAAAAUGGACACAGUUUUAAGCUGUUUUUCCAACAAUAUUAACGAUGCGUUUUAUUUUAUUGUGAAAACCAGUCCUCAAACCGGAAGCGCUUCCGUUCUUGUAAUUAACCAACAAAAAGCUAUAAAAUUUAUUUACAAAUUUUAACCCACAAAACGGAAGGUAUCCCACCAAAACAUUUACCCCGAAUAAGGACACCUGAAGGGAACUUUAUCCUCUUCAGCUCCGUUGGUUGGUUAGUUAUUAAGCCGUAAUGGCCGCCAACCCUCCCGGACAGGGCUUCCAGAACAAAACCCGAGUGGCCAUCCUGGCAGAACUGGACAAGGAGAAGCGGCGGCUGAUGCAGGGCCAGUCCAUGAACAGUCCCGGAGCCAACAUCCCGCUGUCGGGCCGGAGCAGCCUGAAGGAGGCGAGGGACAGCGCGGAGCAGCAGCACAUCGCCGCCCAGCAGAAGGCCGCCCUGCAGCACGCUCACGUCCACUCCUCCGGCUUCUUCAUCACCCAGGACUCCUCGUUCGGGAACCUCAUCCUCCCGGUGCUUCCCCGACUGGAGCCCGACCUCUGACUGAGCAGUACAGCUGAUCCUGGAGGUCCGACUUGAACUCACAAAAAGCGGAGUUUAUUGGCUGUGAACUGAAGAGUGGCACCAUGGUGUUUUCUUGGUCACUUUUUUAUUAUUAUUAUUAUUAUUAUUAUUAUGAGAUAGAAACGUAAGAAAGUUAUUUCUGGUUCAGAAUGUUGUUUAUAAGCUUAAAGUAUGAAACCGUCAGUUAAAGAGUUACAUAUCUAUGUCAUGUUUACUUUCUAUUUUCAUUGCAAGUAGAAGACUAGCAGUACAUUUUGUGAGUAAGCUAUUGGACCACAGCUUACUGUUAGAACAGUGUUUACGGUUUACGGCCAGAGUUAAGGCUCUCUCCCAGGAUGCUCUUCAGUCAGAGGGCGUACAAACACUUGAAGAAGAAAAAGUGGUCCAACAGAUUCAUCUCUAAAGACUAUUGUUUUUUGUCCAUUCUAGUUAAUGUAGAUUAGAUGCCCUCCACCUGCCUUAUGUUGUGCAGUGUAUACACUAUAAGGAAAAAAAUGGCUACAAUAUAUAUUUUCCCUUUUUUAAUCAACAUCUAGCUACCCAUCUGUCUGUACCACAACUGGUUGUUCUGUUUCAUACUAUGUAACAUACUGUAUGUAGUCAGUACUACACUCUGUAAGUCAUGUUUAUGUUUUACUAGUUGCCAUUACAGGUUUUCAUCAUUGUAAUUUUCAUUCAAAUGUGUUUAAUUAUUCAUUUCUUUAUUUCUGCCUUUGUAAUGUGUACAGAAGUGCAAUGUGCAGCUAAAAGAUGUGUUUAUUUCCCUACAAUUAAUAUUUUUUUCUCCUUCUGUUUUGAAAGCAGCGUAUACGUUCUAAGAUCUGAAAGUCAAUGUUCUGGACUUUAAGCUGCCACCUCCAAAGUGUAUAAAGGAUUUUUCUAAGUCAACAAAAAUAUGAAUUAUUUUUUCUGCAAUUGAUUCAUUGUGAUUUUUAAGAUAUUUUUCUCACAUUUUAAAUCUUGAGUCGCAGGCAGUUGGGUUGAGGCUGAGCUAAGGAUUUGUGAUCAGAGGAUGGGGGUUCUGAAUAAUAAGUAAUUUUGAGGUACAAGACACCACAAUAUAUAUAUAUAUAUUUUUGUUUUUGUUAAAUAUUUGAUCAGGCCAGCAAAACAAUUGCAGACCCCAAACAUUCUGGAAACAAA